GACAAGUGUUGGGGAUCAAGCCGUGGGCUUUGCAGCCUAGCUAUGGGCCCGGCUGCGAAAGGCACUACCCGAGAGAAGCCACGACCGAGACCGUUGAAUCUCCAGGCUCUGCAACUACCACUACCAGAGUGGUGCCAUGACGAGAUGCCGGUCCGAAAGACCUUCAUCGACUACAGGUGCACAGAAGAGUCGCCAAGGGCAGGGCUGAACACAGCGCCUGCAGCGAUGUGCGGAUGCAUGAUUGCAUCCUUGCAAGAGGCCGCGUCUUCUCCGCUAUGCAGCAACAGAGGCCAAAGAGCAACAGACGUGCUUCCUGAAGCAUGUUCUGCAGCCUCAACUGCACGGAAGUCUUCCGAUUCCUCCAAUUCUCCACAGGCGUCGCAGGCACCGGCUUCGUACAGGAUACCUCCGGAGAA